UAACCUAACCUAACCUAUCAACAGCGCAUCACGGUUUAAACCUAACCUAACCUACCAACAGACGUUUCUGUCUGCUCAGGGGUCACGGUUCUAACCUAACCUAACCUAUCAACAGCGGGUCACGGUUUAAACCUAACCAACCUGUCUCUAAUGCCAUCGAAGUUCAAAUCAAACCUAACCUAAUUUUAUUAUUUUUAGAAUACUUCAAAUAUCUAGUUUUAUAAAUAUUCUCGUUCAUUACAAAGUUGAAUGUUGAAAUCUCUAUUUCACACAAUGGAACUUUAAUGUGACUUUAAUGUAUGUAUAAUCUACUUAGUAAUUGAGCUUAUCAUAAUUGUUAGCCAAAUUCCAAUAACACGUAUUUAGAAGCAAAACAAGUUAUCAAUUAUCAAACAAGACUUUGUAUUGAAACAAGAUUUUUAAUGAUCAAGAGUUGUAUAUAUAAAGACCUACGACGAUUUCUUUUUUAUACUACUAUCGAUUGACCCACGCUGUACUCCUACACCAGAAGGCAUCAAUAUGUCGAACUCCCCAUCAAAUGUCUUCGACGGCCAAGACUAUACAUUUAAGCAGUACUAUUAUCCAGUGUCAGAUGCAGAGGACAGCCUAACUUGUGUACCAGACGAGCCGGUGAAGCGAAAAUUAAACACACACUCAAAUAUCGAUGCAUUCUUUGACCAGCCAAAGAUAAAGAGGAAGAAAAACGUGUCUUCCACUGUAGGAAAAGGCUGUAAAGGGGGUGGUAUAUCAUAUAUAUCUACAAACAAAGACGAUGGUACGAAUUCGACACAUCUAAUCAAAAUAGAAAUAUUUGAUAUGAAAAAACUAUCCAAAGUUUCUGAUACAACUAAACACUGGAUGUUUGCGGAUGUGCGUGCAAAAUAUUUCGUGAUGGAAAAUGAAACAAAUAAGCACUUACAGCAAGCUAAAGAUCUCAUUUACGGAAUCACGAAGGAGAUUUCCGAAUCCAACGAGUGUAAAAAGUACCAUUUUAAUUCAAAAGUCUAAUCACUGUUGUCUAAUUGUGAAUAAAAAUAUAUAGUUUAUA